AUGGGGACGGAUAGCAGUGAGAUGGUCCAGGUGGCAUUGUUGAGUGGUGAGAAAAUCCAGCUGCCGGUGCAGCCUGAGACCACCCUCGAGGAGGUGAAGGAGGCAGCGGAGAACGAGCUGGAAGUUGCCAUUAGUCACUUCGUCCGAGAGGAUGGUAAAGUUUUGGGCAAAGCACAGAUGGCGUGGACGGUUUCAAAAACGAAGUUGCGGCAAGGGGAAAUCCUUCGAGCUUUGGUCAGGUACCGCAUCUGGAUUAGGCGUCUUGCCCAAGGUAUGCUGGACCAGAUCAGUUCGGUCAACAGCGACGGCCGCGAAAACAUUAUGAAUCAGUUCUCAGGCAUCGAACCAUGUAAUGAAGAAGAGUUGACGUGUAUUCUCCAAGUCAUUUUCCAUAAAGCCAUGGUAGAGCCUGCCCACGGCAGAACCUAUGCGCGCAUGGCUGCUGGUCUGAAGGAGCGAUGCCCCGAGCUUCCACCCGAACACGAGGGUGACAGGCCUGUGACUGUCACGCGUUUGCUGCUCAACAUUUUGCAGCGUGAGUAUGAGAGUACGCCAGAAACUUUUGAGGUAUCAGAAGAGGACAAGGCAAAGUUUCCAAGUGCUGAGGCCUUGGAAGAGGACCUCGCCAACAAGAAGCGCAGGAUGCUUGCAAUUGUAGGUUUUACGGGACAUCUGUUCUUGGAGCGCCUUCUGACAAUGAAGGUGAUUCGGCAGAUUGUUCAUGACCUGAUUAGACUUGGAGGCGACGACCGACCUCCUCCCGAGGAGCCGAUGAUUGAGUGUGUUUUGGAGCUCCUGACAUUGGUUGGCCGGACUUUUGACGAGUCCGUUCCGACCGGCAUGACUUUCAUGAACGCAUUCGAAGUACGGCUGCUGGCCCUGUCUGCACUUCGCAUUGGGGACAAGCACUUCUUCUCAGACCGUGUGCGGUCCGCCAUCAGCGACCUGUUGGAUUGUCGCAGGAACAACUGGCUCCCUUGA